UAGCAGCAGCCCCACCCGAUGGUUUGAGAGGGCGUCAAGGUGCGGGAAGGGAGUGGGACAAUUACAGGAUGAGUGAGCGAUACACACAGAUCGGAAGUAAAGGGGCUCUACUCUUAAUGGUGCUUGUGAUCAGUGUCUGGGAGAUGACUGUACCGACAGAAGGAGCUACAGCAGUGCACCAUGUCCGAACAGGCACCUGUGAGGUUGUGGCAUUGCAUCGCUGCUGCAACAAGAACAAAAUCGAGGAGCGCUCACAAACUGUGAAGUGCUCCUGCUUUCCCGGGCAAGUGGCCGGCACCACCAGAGCUGCCCCGUCCUGUGUAGAUGCCUCGAUAGUGGAGCAGAAGUGGUGGUGUCAGAUGCAUCCGUGCCUUGAUGGGGAGGAAUGCAAAGUUCUUCCUGAUCUGAAGGGCUGGAGCUGUGCUACAGGGAACAAGAUCAAAACUACUAAGAUUUCCGCUGACAGAGACCAGCUCUGGUAACGUCAGAUGCUUCACAGUGCAGUCCAG